AUGGCUCGUCUCGUAAUUUUGUUGUCUGUCGUAUUGUUCAGCGUGUAUCAGACCGAACAAGCGUAUUUCUUGGAGGAAAGUUACAUCGACAUGAUCAACGAAGUAGCGACUACCUGGACGGCCGGUGUUAAUUUCGACCCGAGUAUACCAAAAGAACAUUUCGUUAAGAUGUUGGGAUCUAAAGGGGUGGAAUCUGCCAAGCACGCCAGUGCACAUGAGUUCAAAACGAACGACGUUGCUUACUCCAACCAUUUCGGCUAUAUCCCGAGAACAUUCGACGCUAGGAAGAAGUGGAGACACUGCAAAACGAUCGGAGAAGUUCGUGACCAAGGGCACUGCGGAUCCUGCUGGGCGUUCGGAACCAGCUCAGCGUUCGCCGAUCGUUUGUGUAUAGCCACCGACGGAGAUUUCAACCAACUGUUGUCCGCCGAAGAGAUAACGUUUUGCUGUCACACUUGUGGUUUUGGAUGUAACGGAGGCGACCCGAUCAAAGCCUGGAAAUAUUUCAGUACACAUGGUUUGGUGACAGGAGGAAAUUAUAAAUCUGGAGAGGGAUGUGAGCCAUACCGUGUCCCACCCUGCCCACGAGACGAAGAAGGUAAAAGCUCUUGCGCCGGAAAGCCAAUUGAAAAAAAUCACAGAUGUACGAGAAUGUGUUACGGAGAUCAGGACCUCGACUACAACGACGAUCACAGAUUUACGCGUGACUAUUACUACCUGACUUACGGCAGCAUCCAAAAGGAUGUUAUGAAUUAUGGACCAAUCGAAGCAUCGUUUGAUGUGUACGACGAUUUUCCCAGUUACAAGUCCGGUGUUUACGAGAAAACCGAAAACGCCUCGUACUUGGGAGGACACGCAGUGAAGUUGAUCGGCUGGGGUGUAGAAGAAGGCACCCCGUAUUGGUUGAUGGUCAACUCGUGGAACCCACAGUGGGGCGACAACGGUCUCUUCAAAAUUAGACGAGGUACAAACGAAUGUGGUAUCGACAAUUCGACAACCGCUGGUGUACCAGUGACCAACUAA